UCAACGGUAACGGUAAUGAGGCUGAGUAAUGACCACAUCUGUUAUUUCUUGUACCAAAUAUUGCGCGGAUUAAAAUACAUACAUUCAGCCAACGUAUUGCAUCGGGACUUAAAGCCAAGCAAUCUACUGUUAAACAAGACGUGCGAUUUAAAAAUUUGCGAUUUUUGGAUUGGCUCGCAUUGCAGAUCCCGAACACGACCAUACUGGAUUUCUAACAGAAUACGUUGCUACUCGGUGGUAUAGGGCACCAGAAAUUAUGCU